UGAGAGACUUGGAAAAGUUCUUUGCAACGAAUUUUUCCACUUGCAAUGUGACUGGGUGCUUUUGACAGAAGAAUAACAGCAUCAGAGAGAUGCUAUUUGUGUUAAAAAUAUGACAAAUUGAGUUCCUAUUACGCAGUAGGAUGGCUAGUAUGGUUUCAGUAGUCAUUAGUGUAGUUGUAGCAUACAUGUGAACUGCAGGGAAUUACCGUUUUGUAGUUGCGUUAAUAAACACACACACUAGUAUUGUUUCUCCGGGGUAACAGUGUUUAUCGAGUCGUGGAUGAAACCUUACUAAAUACGUCACCUGGCUUUCACCAUUGACUCAAAUAUCUGGAGAUAUUUCAUGCUCUGGUAGAGUUUAAUCUCAUGGAAUUUGAUUACAUCACUCCAUGUUUGAAGAUUAAACAUUAAUAACUUGUGGAUUUUAUUUAAUUCAUAAAUCUACAUGUGUCAUUACAGUUGUAUUACGAAACAUAUAAUUGAAAACGAAAAAAGGUACAGAUGCCAUACAUUCUGGUACGUGGUAACCUUGCGUCCUACAGUCACAGGUAUCCCUGGAGAGUACUCGUUUCUGGUCUAAAAGCAUCGGACAUUGAGCAAUUGACUCGUUUUGCCUCUGGUGGAUACUGCGACGACUCGACAAUAGUUUACCUCCAACAUCCCUGUGUAAUCUUAACGGCACUUGAGGUACUUGGAUACAAGGUUGUUGCCUCAUCCAGCACAAGUGUUAAACAGGAUUAUAAUGAGUACAUGUGGACUAUGAGAAAAGAUUUCUCCGAGCCUGAGCCAGAGCCCAUUGUUAAACCAGAAAAAUUGGCCUUGUCAAAAUUUUAACAGUGCAAUAACUGCCGUAUUAGAUCUAUUUCAUUGUUGAACUUGUUGACAAUUAUCAACUUACCAUAAGAUCCCAAUUAAGGUAAUUAACGUGACACUGAAAAAAAAAAAAUUU